AUGUUGGUGUCUCCUCAGGCGGAGAGGAACUGGCAGAGUUUGGCUACAGUGUUGGAGGAUGUGCUUGAGGAACAUGCUCACAGGAAACUUUUUGCUUUGGAGCUGGGGUCUGGCACUGGGCAACAUGUCAUACGCUUUGCCCAGAAAAUGCCCAAUGUGACCUGGCAGCCCUCAGACAUUAAAGAAGAAUCACAAAACAGUAUUAAGGCCUACAUUGCUGCUACCAAUGCAAAGACUGUUCUCCACCCACUGCACAUUGAUGCCAGUGAUCCUUGGGAGAAAUGGGGAAAUCUUACUGCUAAAUCUUGUGACGUUAUUAUGGCCAUAAACCUACUGCAGUACAGCCCCUUUAAAACAGCACAGGGUGUGCUCACCGGAGCAGCUCAGAUUCUCAAGCAAAAUGGUUUUCUGAUAAUAUAUGGUGUCUAUGCAAUAAAUGGAAUAAUUACUCCAAGCUGCAAUGAGCAUCUGGAUGAAGAAAUAAGAAACAUAAACCCAGAAUGGGGCCUUCCAGAUAUUGAUGUGUUAAGACAAAUAGCAUAUGGAAAUGGAUUACGACUGGAGAGAAUAGUUGAGAUGGAGGAAUACUACAAAUGUCUCAUCUUCCGGAAACUUUAA